AUGCCAGGAAUAUCGCCGUUGAAAAUCCAAAUGAAGGUGAUGAACGGCAAUCAUCAGAAUCAAACCAAUAUCGGCUAUAACAUUUCACUGGUCAGGGCUUUGGAGAGAAUCAAAGGCGCUGUUUCAUAUAAGAAAGGGCCUACGAGCGACCAAUAUACCAUGAUCGAGCAAUUUCAACACUACGAGACCGGGACUCGAAUUACGGGUACGAACAGUACACAUGCUCCGGGGUUAUAG